AUGGAGAACCCCAUGCAAGAGUUUGUGUACGGUUCUUGUAUGAAAAACCAUGUUGCAAAACUUGGUGGCCAUGUCACAGAUGGCUGUGGAGAAUUCUUCUCCAUAAAUGGUGGUUCACAGUGUGGGGCAUGUGGAUGCCAUCAGAACUUCCACCAGAAGAUAGCUAUGAUGCGCCGCGGCGGUAGUGCUGAUAGGAAGGGAGAGAAUAGCAGUGACGAAACAGAGGAUGAGAAGAAUUUACAGGAGCUCAUGGUGGCAGAGCAGGUACGGCAGCAACAACAUCCAGUGGAUGUAUACAUGAGUCGAGGAAGAAGGCCAAGGACGAAGUUCACCGAGGAGCAGAGGCAAAGGAUGUUUGAAUUUGCAACGAGGCUUGGGUGGAGAAUGCAAAGAGAUAGGUGGGAAGAGAUCAAUCAGUUCUGUCAACAGAUUGGGGUGCCUAGGCAUAUUUUUAGGGUUUGGCUCAACAACCAUAAGAAUUAA